UCCCGCGGCACCUUCCCUCCGCCGGGCCCGCACCCGCGGCUCUGCUCCUGCGCGGUGGCCCCGGGUUCCAGCCGGCACAGGGGGACGGCAGCCUGGAGACACUGGCACUUGGCGCCGAGUGGCGGAGGAAGCGGCGGGACCCGGGUUCGAGUCCCCGCGGGGCUCCAAACCUGCAGGGCGGCGGCCGGGAGCGCAGGACCGUGGGGCCAUCGAGAGUCUCCGCCCUCCUGUCCCCAGACACGGGACCGACCUCACAGCUUCACAGCGAGUCUGACUGCACAGUCGAGGGCAUGGUUAAGAAUUACUGUAUCUUGAGGACUGUUGGGGAGGGGAGCUACUCGAAGGUGAAGCUGGCUCGAGAUGUCCGCAGUGGGAACGAAGUGGCCGUAAAGUUUCUCAAGAAGUCCCGUUGCCUCAGCCCUGAGGUGCUGAGCCGGGAGACGGCGUGCAUGCGGAUGCUGGAGCACCCCAACAUCGUGUCUCUGAUUGAAGUCCUCGAGACGGAGCGGGAGGUGAUCAUGGUGAUGGAGUACGUGAGGGGAGGGGACCUGCUGGACUACGUGGUGGACCACGGGCCCCUGAGGGAAGGGGAGGCCCGGGAGCUGUUCCGACAGCUCGCCUCAGCGGUCCGGCACUGUCACCUCAGAGGCAUCGCCCACAGAGACCUGAAGCCGGAGAACAUCUUGGUAGAGCAUCAGGACAAGGUCAAAGUGACCGACUUUGGACUCUGCAAAAACUUUGUGGGGGACCCCCUCUGCACCCUGUGUGGCACCCCGGUCUACACCGCCCCCGAAGUCAUCCAGGGGGGCAACUAUGGCCCGGAAGCAGACAUCUGGAGCCUGGGGGUGGUGCUCUAUUUCAUGACCACGGGGCGCCUGCCCUUCCCGGUGGAGAAAUUCGGGAAGCCCUACUCCAACAGAUACUUCCACCUCCCCGGCAAGAUGUCGCCUGCGCUUCAGCACCUCCUCCUCAAUAUGAUAAAAUUUAACCCCCAGAGGAGAAUCGGCUGGGAGGAAAUCAUGGCGCACCCUUGGGUGGCCUCCUCGGCCUUGCUGCCCGCCACCGCCGCCGUCCAGCCCGUGACCUCAGGGGAGGCCCUGAAGCGGCUGCCGGAGACACGGCAGCCACGGUGCCGAUCUUGUCCACCUGCCUGGCCCUCCAGCUCUUGCGAGGACAAGGCCCAGAAGCCAAGACGCAAGGUCCCCUCAAGAUCUGCCAGUCUCCCUCUUAAGCUGGAAUUCUCCAUGGCCACCUUCAGCCCUGUCCUCUGGACUGCCCACGGGCACAGCUCCAGAACCAACGCGAGUGACAAGGGCUCCUCCACCAACGCUACACUGGGAACUGGGGACAGCAGCGGCGCCUCCUACCCCUCCAGCCAGAGACCAGGGGACAGUAGCUUCUUCUCGUCCUCCUCCUCUCCUUCCUCCUCCUCCUCCUCCUCCGGCCAGAGACCAGGGGACAGCACCCGUCCCCCCUCCCGCUGGCUCCCCGUCCGCUGGGGUGCGGCCAGGAGGCGGGCGGUCGUCCUGCUGAGGGCCGUGUGCUGCUGCCUCCACACAGAGGCAGGAGGAGAAGGUGCGGCCACACCGCCCGUGGCUGAGGAGGACGCUGAGCGGAGGCUGCGAGCUGAGGAUGGGCCCCGCGUCCAGCCGGAGGCGCCCAGGCACCAGAGCAGCCGGACUCAGGGGCUCCUGGGCAGCAGGGGCAGCACCGGCCCCGGACCUGGAGCCUCUGCUUUUGCUUGGUGGCUCCUGCCAGCGGCGGUCUCCAGCAGCCUCCACAGCUGCGUGGGAGGAGAUGCUCGGCACCGGCCAGUCCCUGAGGCCCCAGCACCCAAAGGCGCCUUAGGCUCCCAGGUGGGCAGCAACUACUCUAGCAAAGGCCUGCGGCUCCCGGGGCGCCUGGAACCCCCGGAGCGGAUGGAGAGCGGGGACAUUGGGACCUGCUGCCUGCCCCCCUCGUCCAACCCGAGAGCAGCCCUGUACAACAAGUCCAUUACCUCUCUCGGGACUUCAUCCCGAGCGUCGCCCCCCAUCUUCACUUCCCGCAGCAGCACCCCCCCAAUUCCGCAGCCCCCUCUCCUGGACUUGGAUGAGGGGCGCAGCCUGGACAGCAGGGCCCCCAAUACCCUCGCUCAAUACCCCGCCCCAGCCCCUCCCCCAGGGCGGCCGCAGGUGGCCUCCAGCCCGCGCACCUGUCGGGCCGUCGCGGUGGCAGCUCAGCGGUGGGCGCCGCCCCUGGGUGCCCGCGUCUCCCCGGACCCGUCCCGCCGCCGCCCGCAGGCUGCCAACCGCGCGUGCGCGUGCCCAGGGCCGGCCCUGCGCCAGGUGGGGGCUCAACGGCCGGCAGGGGGCGCCCCGCGCCUCGAGCUGCGCCCCGGGGUGGGGGGCUGGGGGCUGGGGGCGCCCUCCCGCGGCACCUUCCCUCCGUAG